AUGCUUCUUCCUUCAACCCUCAUCGCACUUCUACUCCUGCCUUCAACGCUUGCUGUUCAGCCACAACCCCGAACUUACGAUUCUCACGACUACUACGUGAUCGAACAUAUUCCCUCCGCAUCAUCUUCCUCAAUACAUGAAUGCUUCCAAGCCCUAGGAGUCGAGCUCGUAGAACAAGUUGGAGAGCUACGGGACCAUUGGCUCGUCAAAGUCCCAAAGCGCAAUUCAUUAGUCGGACGGGGCCUUGAAGAUGAAGAUGGGGACAAUGUAAUGCAGCGGUGGGGAGAGCUGCAGAGACGUGCAAAACGACAGGGAAUUGAGGCUAGAGAUGGAAGUGUAUCCGACGCACGUAGGAUCGUGCAGGCCAUCCGUUCCGUGCAGCCUCAAGUACCACGGCAGCGAGUAAAGCGGGGUGAUCCACCACCCCCACCUUCCCUUUUCGAGCGGCAAGAACCACACCCUCUGCUGCGACCUGAAGACAACGUGACUACUGCUGCAGAUGUCGCUGCUUAUUUGGAAAUCGCGGACCCCGAGUUCACGGCGCAGUGGCAUCUUUUGAAUGCAAUAGAUCCGUACAACACGAUCAAUGUCACCGGCGUGUGGGAUAUGGAUAUCACAGGCCAUGGUACAAGGGUUGCAGUUAUUGAUGAUGGGUUGGAUUUUGAUAGCGACGAUCUUGCUCCCAACUAUGACCCCACUGGCUCGUGGGACUUCAACGAUCACGUCCCCGAACCUAAACCUCGGCUCUCUGACGAUCGACACGGUACGCGUUGCACCGGAGAAAUUGGCGCAGCGAGGAACGAUGUCUGCGGCGUUGGUGUGGCAUAUCAAACGCGUGUGUCUGGCAUCCGGAUCCUCUCCGGGCCCAUAUCGGACGCGGAUGAGGCAACGAGCUUGAAUUACGGUUUUGAUGAGACCGGAGUAUACUCUUGCUCUUGGGGCCCGCCGGACAACGGCAUGAGCAUGGAGGCACCGCAAGAUCUCGUCCAGAAAGCCAUCAUCAACGGGGUUCAGAACGGCCGUGGUGGCAAGGGCAGUAUAUUCGUCUUUGCAAGUGGAAAUGGAGCUGGCAAUGGCGAUCAAUGCAAUUUCGACGGAUACACAAACUCGAUCUUCUCUAUUACUGUCGCCGCUGUCGAUAAGAACUUCGAGCACCCGUAUUACUCUGAGUCGUGUGCCGCUAAUUUGGUCGUUGCCCCUAGCUCGGGCGGAGGGGAUAGCAUCCACACUACCGAUGUAGGCAAGAACAAGUGCACAGCCUCACAUGGUGGAACAUCCGCCGCAGCACCACUUGUUGCAGGCGUCAUGGCGCUUGCCCUGGAUGCACGGCCUGAGCUAACCUGGCGUGACGCACAACACCUGAUCGUACGCACCUCGGUGCAUAUCAACCCCGAUGACCCGGAUUGGGAGCUUACCGCCGCCGGCCGGCACUAUAGCUACAAGUAUGGCUAUGGCGCUAUCGAUGCAUACUCGCUCGUUCAGCUCGCAAAGACGUGGGAGCUCGUCAAGCCCCAGGCAUGGAUCGACGUCGGCGAGAUCGACAUGCCCGAUGCCCAGAUGGACUGGGAGGGCCACAUGAGCGGUGGGACACCUAUCGGAGAGGAUGGUGUAAGCAGCACCCUGAGCGUCAAACGGGAGAUGCUGGAGCAGAACAACUUUGAGAAGAUGGAGCAUAUCACCGUACGAGUGUGGAUUAAUCACAGGAAGAGAGGAGACGUCGAGGUUCAGCUGCGGAGCCCGAACGGGAUAGUGAGCAUGUUGGCGGGCAAGAGGCCGAAGGAUACAGAUGAAAAUGGGUACAAGGGGUGGCAGUUUUCUACUGUUAAGCAUUGGGAUGAGAAUCCCAUCGGAGACUGGAAACUAAUAGUACAUGACCAGGAAGAUUCGGACAACAAUGGCUCGUUCCUUGGGUGGAGCAUGAUGCUCUGGGGAUCGGUAAUGGAUCCGGCCAAGGCAAAGCUAUGGAAGUUGCCGACGUCUGUAUCGAUGGAUGAUCUGGAGCCCCCUGAGACGACCACCACCUCAAAACAAGCAACCCCUACCACCGACCCGUCAAAGACAAAACAGUUGUCAAAACCUACGGACCACCUUCCUGGAGAUCACACCGACCAGACCGGCGAGGCGGACCGGCCUGCAUUCACGCCCAAGCCCCCUGGUAAGCCCAUCCAAUCAGGAGAUGACACAGAGGUCGAAGAACCUCCUGCUACCUCCACCUCUUCCGGAGCUAGUAGCACGCCGACCACAUCGCUCGAUACAGGAUACUUUGACCACAUCCGCGACUUGCUCAAAUCCUCUAAGUGGCUAAUUGGCACUGUCGUCAUCGUCGCCCUCUUCAUCACCGGUGCUGCUUUAUACUACUGGCGUCGCCGUUCGAGAAGGCGCGCAGCCUACAAGGGUGUGGCAGGUGAUGAGGUUGCCAUGAGCACGAUGGAGAACGGGAACGGAAAUGGGAACGGAAAUGGAGUGGGGAGGAGCAAGGAGGUGUAUGAUCCGUUUGCCGUCACUGCUUCAGAUGAGGAGGAAGAGGAUGAAGCAGAUGAGACGGUGGCGCUCACCAGUGGCCGGCCGAGGAGCUCUCGCCCGGAAGUGGGAUACCACGAUGGGUUCCUCGACGAUGAUGAUCCUGCUUCGGCGGCCCCUCCCCGGCCAUUGUAUAAGGACGAGCCAGAUGACGCAGACAGGGCAAGGGAAGCGGCAAGUGCACGUGCUGAACAUGAGCAUGAGAGUGAGGAGCAGCCAAAAAGUACUACUAGAGAAGCAGGGAGCGGGGACCCGCUUGUAUGAUGAUAUCCUAUCUGCAAU